AUGGUGGAGCCGGCGGACGAGGCGCCGCUGCUGUUCUGGGCCGAGGGCCCCGCGGUCUCCCUGCCGCAGGCCGAGCCGGAGCGGGGCGGCUGGAGCCUGGCCCCGGGGGGGGGCGGCGCGGCGUGGGGCGGCCCCGGGGGGGAGCGGCCGCGGGGGCCGGAGGCGGAGCAGGACCAGGACCAGAUCGUGGCGGUGUUCGUGGUCACCUUCGAUCCCCGCUCCGGUAACAUGGUGGAAUGGUGUUUGCCCCAAGACAUUGACUUAGAAGGUGUUGAGUUCAAAUCCAUGGCAAGUGGGUCGCACAAAGUCCAGUCGGAUUUCAUUUAUUUCCGGAAAGGGCUCUGCUUCGGCCUGGCCUGCUUUGAAAACAUGCCCGUGGAGAGUGAAUUAGAGCGUGGCGCCCGCAUGAAGUCUGUGGGGAUUCUCUCCCCUUCGUACACCCUGCUCUAUAGAUACAUGCACUUCCUAGAGAACCAGGUUCGACACCAGCUGGAGAUGCCAGGGCAUUACUCCCACCUAGAGGCAUUUUAUGAUGACAAGAAGGGGGUUCUCCCUGCUGGCAAGGGUACCUCCAGCUCUCAGCCACCCGUCCACUGGCUGCCCUCCAUCCACAGAUACAUGUAUCCAGAGAUGAAGAUCACACACCCUGCAGGCUGUAUGUCUCAGUUCAUUAAGUUCUUUGGAGAGCAGAUCUUCAUCCUCUGGAAGUUCGCUCUGCUACGCAAGCGCAUUUUGAUAUUUUCACCACCGCCAGUAGGAGUUGUCUGCUAUAGAGUGUAUUGCUGUUGCUGCCUAGCCAAUGUCUCACUGCCUGGGAUUGGGGGGACCGUUCCAGAGUCCAAGCCUUUCUUCUAUGUGAAUGUGGCAGACAUAGAAAUGCUGGAGACUGAAGUGUCUUAUGUGGCCUGUACGACAGAAAAGAUCUUUGAGGAGAAGCGAGAUCUCUACGACGUCUAUGUGGAUAACCAGAAUGUGAAGACGCACCACGAGCACCUGCAGCCACUCCUGAAGAUUAACAGUGCCGACAAGGAAAAAUAUCGGCGGCUCAAUGACCAGAGGCAGAUGUUGAUGUACUCUCAGGAGGUGGAGGAGGACUGCAGCUCCUGUGAAGAGGACCUCUUUAUCUUGUUUUUCAUGGAGCAGAACAAUCGGAUAUUUCAGACACUGAUGGAGGUGUCAGCCAGCCAGGACAAGACCUUGACAGCUGACCAUGCCCGGGGCAUGGGCCUGGACCCACAAGGUGACCGAAGUUUCCUAAUGGACCUGCUGGAAGUGUAUGGCAUUGAUGUCAUGCUAGUCAUUGAUAACCCUUGCUGCACUUAAACUGAGGACAGGAGAGACAGGGAGCAGCGAUGGCUUUUUAAAGACUAUGGAACGUUGCUUAGGAGCAUCACUGGAACUCACCACACCGUCACUGGAAGGAUCUCAUUUAUUUAAUAACUUUAUACAGAAAAGUAUUUAUAAUUUUAAACACAAUGCGAUUUUAUUUUCCUUUCUUCAGGAUUGACUGCUCAAGGUUUUGGUUUGGUUUUUUCCUGAUAUCCAUAGGAGCAAUGGCACCUUUUCACCAGCCCUCACAGUUGACAUUGGCAACUGCUUUUGGCCUAGUCUGGACUUUUGAAGGGCUGGAGAUUUCAGGGAAAGCACCUUCUCUCAUGGGGACCAAUGUGAAAUCAUGCAUAUUUGAGCCUUCAGGAGUUGACUGUGGAGAAUGUCCCCUCCCAGUGCUCCCCAAUCUCUUCAACAUCCUUCACCCUACCAUGUCUCUCACUGGGGACAGUUAAUUAUGCAGGUUAGACUCUGUACACUCCAGUCGCCCAUCCUUUCAGCAGUUGAGUUGGAGUCUAACCACCAUUCCCAUCUAUAGCAGAAGAAAACGGUUAAGACUAGACAUGCGACAGGAUCAUGUGAUCACUUUGCAUUAUGGGAUGGUAGAAGGUGUUACAUUCUCAUUUCCAGCAUUUGAAAGGCGGAGUGAUCUAGGCCCUCCCUUCCCCAUUUCAUGCCUGGCGCGCAGGAGAAUGGAGAAGCUCUUCACCUCCUGGUGUCUCCUAACUCCUCCUUUAUUUAUUAUUUGCAUGGAUCCUGCUUUGAUUAAAGAUUUUAAAACAGCAGGAUAGUGUCCAGGUAGCCCCUACCGAGCAGUGACCAAUAUCAUAAGGGCACCCUGCAGUUGCUGUGCUUUGCAGUCUCUUCUCAGGGCAGGGGUGAGCACUGUUGAUAGAGCUGUGUGGGAAAUGCUUGGCUCUGACUCGUCAUCAGCCCUUCCAUCCUUGCUAACUUCACCAACAGAAUGGGCAGAAUCUUUCUGCAGGGUCUGCUGCUUACUCCGGCUUCCUGUCUUGUUCUCCCAGUGCCAUGAGUUUGUAUUAGUUUGUGCUUUGCCCUGGCUACCAACUAACCAGUCAUUGUUCUGCUUGAGCAUUCAGUUAAGUGGAUCAUGAUUUUGUCCGGCAGCUGUCAAUGGGACAGCCCACUUAUUUUUCAGUGAGAGGUACAGGAGGUUGUAGCCUGGCCUUACUAUUUGCAGUGAGUUCCCUUGUGGCUUGGAGUUCCUGUGAGUGAGAGAGAGCGCAUAGAGAUUUCUCACUCCUCAGCAAUGGGUGUGGGCCAGUGACCACUGGCUGGACAAUAGGGCCCCUUGCUUGUUCCUGUGAAAGGCUGGCUGUGUUCAGGAUGCCUUCCUCCCCUUGCAACACUUGAAUGGAUGAUGCUAAGUCCGAGGAGUAACUAGCUGCCUUGCAGCACCUGAUGUUCUUACUGGCCUUCAUUCAGCAAGGCAGUACCACUGACUACUCUGUCCUGGUGACUUCAGUAGGUUUACUCACAUGCUUGAACUUAGGCAUAUGCUUAAGUACCUUGUUUGAACUGAGACCAUAAUAAUCUAGCUGCCCUUUCCCCUGGACUUAUUUCAGCAUCUUGGCUCUCUUGUAAGCCAUAAUCCAGCAUUUCAUGUUCUAGCCCUGUAACUACUAUGGAAGUGUUCCUUGCCAUAAGCAGAAUGGACACUCCAGUCCUUCUUUCUUCUGGAUUUUGCUGCUGGAUAGGGUUCAGCCUGACCACCCUACAUUCCCCUCAGUUCCUUGUUUUAACCCAUGUAUUUAUUUAAACACACCUCCCCACUCAAAGAAUCUCCUGCACUGCAUCACUGAUUUAGCAUCUGUGCCUUUUGAGGUACUUAGAGGCAGGCACAUUCCAUCUCUCCAUGGGGUUUAUCUCCAGCAGACAUCUCAGUUGUUUACUUGAGAUUCAAGGUCUUUCCUAACCCAAGGGAGCAGAGAGUUGAGGUUGAGGGAAGGGAAAGGAGGGAAACAACCUGGCACAGGCAAAUCAAGGCCCUCCUAGUGCUAUUUUAACUAGUGUAAUAAGUAGCACAUCACAGCCUCCAAAGUGCUGGGUCAGCAAAGUGGAGUCUUUUUUCCCUCUGCUUCUCCUGGACUCUGACUGCUUUCCUACAGGAGAAAAACAUGCUGCUACUUUUGUUGUCUAUCCUCUGCGGUUGUAUUGCAUUAAUUCUCCCUACAAGGGUAGCGUUUGACAGACUGAAGAACUUGAACAGAGCUGGUUGCAAUUAAAAGGUCACUUCUGAGGAAGGCUCUCUCUUGAUUUUUGUUUUGCUUUUGUUUUGACCUCUUUUCAAGCUGAAUUGCCCAAUACAAUCCACAUUUGACUCUGCCCUCAGUUGGUGCCCUCUCACCUCAUUUCUGUUGGGUUCUAUCUCACUACCAUCCCCACCCAAGAAGAUUCUCUCUGCAAGGAGGAGGUACGGCAGACAUGCAUUACUGCGGUUUGAGUAACCUAUGUUAGGAAUAAACAAAGGCAUUGAAACGUCAAUCACCUAGCUCCUUUUUGCUAUGGCUUGACUAGGAGUUUUGCUCUGAUCAGCUUUUGGGGGCCCUCUCCUGCUCCCACUGAAGUUGGUAGUUCUGUUCAUUUGACCAGGAGCAGGCAUUUAGUUUGUAUCCUUGGGAGGUUACUGCCCUCUGCAACCUAAAUCUUUAACAUGUUUCUGAGCUGUAGCAGGGUCGUGUGUGUUCAUGCGCUGUCAGAAAACCAGCUCCAUCAGAGGGCAUUGCCAGAAGAGGAUAAAGGAGGAGCAGCAAAGCGAUGGCAUAGCUAGGGUAAAAGAAUCAGCUGACUUGCAUCCCAGCUGGAUAGCUAUAGUCUGUCUGCUCUCCUGUGUAAUCCGGUUUCCAUAAGCCUUUCUUGAAAGGCAGCUGCUUCAGGAGGUGAGAAGUAUCCAAACAAGAAGGGCCUCCUUGUUGCUCUAUUGGAGGGAAUUUGCUGCCUAAAUAUGAGGCAGUGCUGUGACUCACCUGCUUUGGCUGUCUGAAGUAAUUGCUCCUCAUGCCUGGCUUCUUGGUAGUGAAAGCAGUGGUAGUUCUGCAACCUUAGGGUAGAUGUGUGGAACCCAACAGUGUGGUAUAGAGGGAUUGGUUAAGAAUUGCUAAGGAAGCAGUUACUGGUUUCUGCUUUUGAAGACAAAGCAUUAUUGCACAUAUUUCCUCCUAGUAUUACAGGCAACAUGAAUCUGAAUUCUUCCCCUCUUCCUUCAAAUGUCAACUGUUAAGAAUUAUUGCAACCCUGUGUAGUGCUUUGCUGUUCUGGGUGUUUUUUUAAACCCCGUGCAGCUAGAAGGUCUUGGUAAAGGAGGGUGUUUUGGGGUGGGGGAAGAGGAGAAUGUGUUUAACAGUAAAGCUUGUUUGUUUGUUUUGAUUAAAAGGAGGACAAGAUGUGACACUGUCUUUUUGUCAUUGGGAGCUAGUGGAAAAUCCUUCUGCAGAAAUGUUGAAAGUACUUUGUCUUUAAAGUGGUGCCUUUUAGGUUUUUUUAAUGUGACUAUGGCAUGCCAUCUGAUCCCCUCAUAACUGCUAUGUGACAAAGUUGUAAUGUCUCAGAUCGGAGUCUUUCUAGCCUCACACUAACUUCUGUGUUUAAAGGAGAGAGCAACAGCCUUUCCAUCAGACUCUACAGUGGCAUUCUCACCAUUGAUUUGAAAUGGGUCUGUAUGUAAGAACCCAGUUCUUCCCCGCAGGGGGAGAGAGAGAAGGGAAAGUGGAAGCUGGUUAAACUUCCAAGAGUUCUCUGAACUUUGUAUUAGUCACAACUACUUAAGCAGGUCAUAAGAUCUAUCUUAUGUGUAACCCUUGUACUACAGGGCUGUAUGUAAUUGUAAGGGCCCGGGCUGGAUCCACUGCUGUCAAUGGGCCAAGGAUUUCAUAGAAUUGUAGGACUGGAAGUGACCUCAAGAGGUCAUCUAUAACAGUCCCUUGCACUUAUGGCAGGACUAAGUAUUAUCUAGACCAUCCCUGACAGGUGUUUUGUCUA